CAGGCACACGGAGAUCACUGUCACUGCCUUUUGUUUGCCAGCUGUACAGAGAGAGGGGCAGGGCUUCUGCUCCAUAGCCAGAAACCAGGAGGAGAUAACAUGGGCUUCCCAACCUGCAGAAGAUAACAUUCCCAUUGCAGAGAUUAAAGAACUCAUGUGCAUUGGAGACGGCGACAAUCCACAAAGAUGAGCAACCAAACCACUCCUGAGGUCGUGUCCUCACCUCCCCCAGAGGGACCAAGAUACUUUGAACGAUAUACAGAGAAUGAUCCAGAAUACUUACGGAUUCGGAACAUGGCAGCGGACCUGAGGCAGGAUUUUAAUGUGAUGGAGCAGAAGAAACGUGUAACAAUGAUUCUACAGAGCCCGUCUUUUAGGGAGGAACUGGAAAGUUUAAUUCAGGAGCAGAUGAAGAAAGGAAACAACUCCUCCAAUAUCUGGGCUCUCAGGCAAAUCGCUGACUUCAUGGCCAGCACUGCACCAUCUGUCUUCCCCACCUGUCCAGUCAACUCCUCCAUGGUGUCGCCUAUUAAUGACCUCCACUUCAAUGAUCCAGUACCUUUGGCAAAGGGUGAAAGGCUAAUGCGAUGUAAACUGGCCAGCAUCUACAGGCUCAUAGACCUCAAUGGCUGGGCCCAGCUCAGUGGUACUUGUGCUUCAAUAAGGGUUAAUAAAGAACAGGAUCAUUUCUUAAUCAACCCGCGAGGAGUGGCUUGUAAUGAAGUGUCUGCUUCAACCCUAGUAAAAGUUAAUAUUUUGGGUGAGAUGGUAGAGGUCGGUAGUACGUGCUUUGAGGUGGACACCAGUGACUUCAGCCUGCACUCAUCUAUCUACUCAGCGCGCCCAGAUGUCAAAUGUAUCAUUCAGCUCCAUACAGCAGCAACAACUGCGGUGUCAGCAAUGAAAUGUGGCCUCCUGCCUAUCUCCCAUGAUGCUUUGCUGGCAGGAGAAGUGGUGUAUUAUGAUUAUAAUGGACACAUGGAAGAAGAAACCGACAGGAUAGAACUGCAGAAGUGUUUAGGACCAACGUGCAAGGUGCUUGUCCUGAGGAAUCAUGGGGUUGUGGCUCUGGGAGAAUCUGUAGAAGAAGCUUUUUAUAAAAUAUUUCACCUGCAGGCGGCCUGUGAAAUCCAGGUCUCUGCUGUGCCUAGCGCUGGAGGGCCAGAGAAUCUCAUCCUGCUAGAUCGAGAAAAGUAUCGUCCACAUGAAGUGGGCACAGUCGGCUGGGCAGGGAGCAUGUUUGGACCCAUGCAGAAGAGCAGACUGGGUGAACAUGAAUUUGAGGCUUUGAUGAGAAUGAUGGAUAAUCUGGGAUACCGUACAGGCUAUACUUACCGACACCCAUUUGUACAAGAGAAGACAAGGCACAAGAGCGAUGUGGAGAUACCUGCCACAGUAACCGCAUUUGUCUUUGAAGAAGAAGGAGUCCCUCUUUCUACACUACGACAACAUGCCCAGAAACAGCAGAAGGAGAAGACCCGCUGGCUGAAUACACCUAACACUUACAUGAGGGUCAAUGUGGCUGAGGAAAAUGUGAGCAGCCUGAGGAGCAAGACCACGUGGCUGAAAGCAGAUGAAGUGGUGAAGUCCAGCAGCGGGAUGCCUAUCCGCAUAGAGAACCCCAAUCAGUUUGUGCCACUUUUCACUGAUCCUCGUGAGGUUUUAGAGACCAGGAACAAGAUUCGGGAGCAAAAUCGCCAAGAUGUGAAGUCUGCUGGACCCCAGUCUCAGUUACUGGCCAAUGUGAUAACGGAUAAGAGCAGAAGUCCGUCUGCAGAUAGUCAUCUGGCAUCCAAAACAGAGGCAGAACUGAAGGAACAGCCCGUAGAGGUAAUCCCACCAGAACCUGAGCCUCCUAACCCUUUUAGUCAGCUGACUGACCAAGAGCUGGAAGAAUAUAAGAAAGAGGUAGAAAGAAAGAAGCAUGCCACUGAUGACAAAGAAGCUGCAGAUGAGGAAACCCAACCAUCACUGGUGACGCCUCCUACUUCUCCUGUAAGGAGUCCAUCAAAGACCACACCUCUGAUCGUGUCUCCUUCUAAAUCCUCUGAAGAAGCAGAGAAGAAGGAGUCUAUCCCGGAAUCUACUGAAACCACAGAAGAGAAGGUCCAACCAGCUGUGGUGCUAAACGGCAAAGAGGAGGAUCAACCUCCUCCGGACGAGACACCUCCUAAAGUCACUGAAACCCCUAAGGGGAAAAAUGAGACAGUGCCCAACGCCUCUCCGGAAGGAUCCCCCACUAAAUCACCCUCCAAAAAGAAAAAGAAGUUCCGCACCCCCUCCUUCCUAAAGAAAGGAAAAAAGAAGGAAAAAGAGAAGGCAGAGUCUUGAUCUCCUGAUCCAUGAAACUGUUCUGUCAGAUGAGGUAUCCAGGCUCCUUCACUGUCCAAGCUGGGGCAGUGACGGCAGCUACACCUACUACUGCUAAGUAUGGACUCAAGAGUUUAAAGUGGAUGCUUAUUCAUGAGGUGUCUUUUUUUAGGGGAUUUGUACUGCCUGUGCCUAUAUAGCACAGCAUGUCCACUGACUCUUGGGACAGAUACCUGCUUAGCUCACAAAGAAAAUACAUUUUUAUAAUCGUCCACCUCUUAGCCGGCUUCUUUACAGACUCAAUCCACAACAACAUUACUGGUUUUGUGGUUUUUUUUAAGUUUAUUUUUUUCGUAAUUAAGAGUGCAAUGUGUUUUUUUUUUUAGUCAUGUGAAAGUGGUGAAGGUUACAACAUGGCUGCCAAGGGUCUGUCCUGACAAACAUGGCGCAAUAAUAAGAAUCAAUAAGUCAACACCACAUUCUUAUAUGAAUUCUGUAGGGCAGCAACUACCAUUUUAAUCUUAUUGUUUGUUGCAUUGUUUGUUCUAUACCUUCUCUGUUCAUGGUGAUAUCAAUAGAUUUAUUUAGUCAUAGCACACAUACAGGAACUUAGCUUAAAAGGGUUAUAAACACAAACGUAUUCCCUCUUAAAACAAUAAACACAACCCCCAUGCAUUGGAUGUGUGUGAUGACUGCCCCAUGUAAAUGUAUCCGGUUUUAUUUAAUUCAUCAGCUCUUCACGCGUGUUCUCUGAAGUCAUCAUAUACACUGAAUGAAGCAGCUCUAUGUUCCUCUAAGUUAGAGAAAAAUCUGAAGAUCCAAUCAGCAAAUGAAAUUCACCCAGUCAUUGUAUGUAAGCAUAUUCUUCCUAUGGGAAACUCUCAGAGAGGUAACUUGAGGUCCUGGACCCCAACGCUAAAUCUACAACAGGCCCCCCCACCUACCAUGUACCAUUUAUAGUACUGGUCUUCUCCUAUGGAAUAGAGACCAAAUGGGCCCCCUCAGGCCCAAUGCCCAAGUGUAACUGCCCUCUAUGUAGUAUGCCCCGAAAAAUAUCUACCACACCAAUCCAGUACUAACAGUCAGCAAACAACUCUAUGGCCAGAAUGAGAAGAUGGUGGUUUUGACUGACAGGAUGAGAGGCAUAUAAACUUCUAUUCACAAGACAAAAGCUAGUAUAUCGAAUUGUAUCUCUUUGCUGUUUACAAACCCUGUAAGUAGGGGUAAGGUUAUUGGUUAAAAAAAAAACCCAUGUAAAAAAUAAUUAUGAAUUAUGUCUGUAGAAAAUACAAAUACUAUUGAUUACUAUUGUUACUAAUAGGUGAUAUUUUAUAAGCAAUAGGUGAAAAUAAGAUAGUGUCACAUAUCUUUACUGAGUUGUCUUUCCUAUGGUGCUCUAUAUUCAUCAGCAGAAAAAGCGGGGACCAUCAUCUUCACCAACAUGGCAGACUGUGCUGCCCAAAUAUUCCAUCCUGCCUAAAAAAAACAUCGGGGGUAAUUUAUUAUGGAAAUGAACAUUCACGACAAACAUGUUUUAUUUGACAAUCAUUAUUUACAUAUAUAUUUAAUAAAUUUCAAUAACACUUCCCAAAUUACUUUUUUAAUAUAUGUAUAUCAGAUUAAAACUAUGUAUAGCAAUAUUGCUUUCUAAUAUACAUUAGUGCCAUGUGUAAAUAUUUUCCAUACCAGAAGUGGCAUGUUGGCAAAAUCAGUAUGAGGCCUAAAGUCCCCUGGGCAUAUUGCUGUACUUUGUUUUAAUGUUUCAGAAAAAGAAGAUAUAAGAAAUGGAUCAAGAACAGUGGAACAAUGAACUUUUGUUGGGAAGACCCAAAAUCCAAAAGAAUUUGGUAUAAUUACCAGUUUUGCCCCACAACUUGGUUCUAUGCAGAUAAACCAAUAUAUGGGUCCUUAAAGGGGUAUUCCGGCUUUAUACAUCUUAUACCAAAGGAUAGGGAAUAAGAUGUAUGAUUGCAGGGGUUCUGUCGCUGGGGACCCCUGCAAUCUCAGUGCAGCCCCCAGCAUUCUUUGCCAGGCGCUGCCUCCGAGAAGGGGACGUGACAUCAUUGUCCUGUUUAGAAAAUUAAUUUUCUUCUACUCUAUUAAGUAAUUCUUAGUUAAUAUACAAGGGUCUUCUGUUCAGGACCUUCAUCUCUUCACCAGAUUGGAGAAUGGUUAUAAAAAGACCUGUCCUAUCCUGUGUAAUACAGACAGACCAUUGAUUUGAAUGGGCACUGUGUACUGCUCAAUCAUCCCAGUGGUGGCGCUGAAAGAAAUUAGAUACUUAAUUCACAAGGACAGUUACUGACAAUCUUUUUCCAAGGGACUCUCCUAACAAGUAGUAAUUGUCCAAGGGCAUACAUACCAUAAAGGCAGACAAUAUGGCUACUAUGCGGCGCUUAGAAAGAAGUGGCCCAAGCUUGGAUGGUUCCAUACCCUUUGCUACCAGAUGGUCAUGACCUGUAUUAUUAAACGUCCUUCUCCAGGUGAACUAUGUUGUAACCAAAAUAAGAGGAUGGAGAACUGGCCCAAGGGUCAAGUGUGGUCUUGGUAACAAAACCCAGCACCUUAAUAGAGGGUCCAUUUAAGGUCCCCUAGAGAACUCCUCUAUGUACAACACUGGUCUAUAGGUUCUCUGGUGUAUAGUUUCACUUUAAUAAUAAUUAUUGUUUUCAAUUAUUAAUUAAAACACUGUAAACUUACAUCAUAAUAUACUAUAUAUUAAUCUGAAGGGUGGUUGCAUAUGUAUGUGCAUGCAUGCAUGUAUGUAUGUAUGUAGACACACAAGGGUAACACAUUGGAGGUCUACAUAUGGUGCAUAUGGGAGAAAUAUCAAUAAUCCAGAUUACUCAACUCUGUUUACACACUUUGUAUCUUUCAACUUGUAGCUUUUGGGACCAAACCGAAAGUGUUCUGCACGCACUUGUUUUGUAGUAAAAGUUCACAUCACGUUAUUUCUGCUCAGUAUAUACGUGCAUGGGACAAACUAUGCGGCUAGUAAAACACAAGCUUUUCCACAUCUCGCAGAGGUCUUUUGUAGCAGUUUUUUUAAUCUGUAUUUCUGCUAAACAGAACUGUGUCUCUAUUCAGGAAUUGGAUGACUGUACUACUGGAUAGUCUAUUUGGCUAGGCCCUUCUUCUAGGUUUACUAAUACUCUAAACACAGUAGAGGCCAUUUGAGUGUCAUACAGGGAGGGUCCCAUAAGAGAAAUCACAAUGAAGUUACCCAGUUGCCGCUUGUAGUCCAUCACCUGAUGCUAAUUUGGGCAAACAUUUUGUAGAACCUGGCUUUUUGAAGCCAGGUUAUGCCCUUGUGACAAGCGUAGGUUAGUGCCAAGUACUUGUACCUCCAGAGGUUCAUCGCUAUUGCAUGGUAUGGCCAGUUACUGAAUUGGUAGUAGUAUACAAAUGACUCGUAUGUACAACAGAAGUGUCUACUCAUUUAGGACUAUGUCUCAGGGGUGUUUUACUAAUCCCUAGUCGAGUUCUGCCUUAUUUAAAGUAACUGAUAUAAAUUUCUCAGAGGCUCCUUACUUCCUCAGUAAAUGCUGAGCGUCCUGCUACCUAGUUUUCUGUUUGCGCAAUUUCACCUGCCCUUUGCCUCAAAGGGCCCAAUAGGAUAUUAUUGUGUCUUGUAUUCCACCUGACAAUCGUAUUGUUGUUCCUUAGUGUCUCGCUCCUCAAUGUAUAUAAACCUCCACAGAUGCCAUGACUUUGUUAUUGUGAUAUCUAAAGACCAUGUAAAUACUAUCUCUUUUACUGCACGGGCCUAUCUCGCUGUAUAUCCACUGGAGCCUCUCUUUAGUGCUGUACCUGCAAAAUAAACUGAAUUCACAGUGGAAUGUAUAA